AACACCGGAAUCUGGCUAUUUACACCAAGUAUCCAGUGCAACUCAGGGACAUCCGUAAAUUGACUGGUACCUAUUUUCACCCACAAGCCUCCAUCAACGAUAUAUAAGCAACAGCCCACCCUUAGAAUCGUGUCGUUAGUUGUAAGCCAGUAGAAAACGAACGACGUAUACUGAUAUCACGGAGUGGAAAGCCAACUCAUAGCUCCAGUUCAAGACAAGCUGUGGACUUGAAGCAUGCCCGGGUUGAGUUCACGGAUCUUCUUAGCUCAUCUAGUUUCCUGUAUUCUGAAGGUGUAUUGCCAGUCUGAUAAAAGUCAUCCCCAAAUUUGCUCCGAUGGUGUCCAGUUCCAGGGUCGUUGCUACUGGUUUAGCACAGAACCGGCUAAUUGGCUCGACGCAAAUCACAAAUGCAGCCAAUAUGGUGGUAAUGUUCGGUUGCCUGUGAUUACCAACCAAGAACAAGAGGACUGGUUGCAUGCGACACUGCCCUAUCAUGAUAUGUGGAUUGGUCUACAUGAUAUACAUGCAGACGGACAGUGGUCCUGGGUCGAUGGCACGUACCCAAACUACACUAAUUGGGGCUAUACUCAUCCCUGGAACUCUUCUAAUCAUAACUGCGCAAUUGUGUCUCACCUUGGAGGUGUAUGGGUGGAUACGCAGUGUCAUUCUGAGCACCACUACGCAUGCUCGUCAACGCCCAAUCAUCCCAUUUGCCACAGCGGAGGUAUAUUUUUCCGUGAUCGCUGUUACUGGAAAGUAAAUGGGACCAGGUUGUCCAUGUCGGGUGCCGAGGCAGCGUGUGAAGAGAUUGAGAGGGGAGCACAAUUGGUUGUCAUCCAUGAUGGGGAACUCAAUACUUUUUUAUCCAAGUUAGCGAAUCCACUAGUUUGGAUUGGUCUGACUGACUCUGAACACGAAGGGUUCUUUAAGUGGAUUGAUGGAAGCAGCAUAACAUUCAGAAAUUGGCGACCCCGCGAGCCCAACGAUAGCAACAACAAUGAGGAUUGCGCAACCUUGGACUAUGGUACAGGCAGCUGGAAUGACGUGGAGUGUUCGCGCACGCAGGAUGGUUUUUCUGUGGUGUGUGCUUUACCUUCAUGUCGUGAUGAAGGAUCUGGCGAUUCUGGACCUUGCCUUGAUAGCAGUGAGCAGUGUUCGUGCGUAUCAGGAGGUUACUGCUCAGACGUUGGCAGGUGUCGCUGCUUAAGGCGAUUCCAUGGCAUGGUGUGUGACACAGCUGACGUCAGGGUGAGACUGCACUCUACAAGUGACGUGAUGGAGGGAGGAUUGAUUGAGUUGACAUGUCAUGUGAACAUCCCUAAGAGUGACUAUUCUCUUCAAAUUCAACACCUGAUUGCACAUUCCUCUCACAGACCCCUCCCAGAAGACAGGACCCGCUUUUAUUUGGAUAACGAGGAGAAUGGUUACCACAGGGUUGUAAUAUCCAAUGCCACUAUCAACGACACAGGAAACUAUGUUUGCGUUGUUUCAACAUCUGCUGGUAUAGAACCAUUAACAAGAGUGGACAGCACCCACGUCAAGGUCAAAUCAAAAAUCUCACCUGCUUCCGAGCUAAGAUCCAACCAAGCAGAGUCAUACUUAGAGUCUGGAUUGACCGUCGCUGUAGGUGUCCUGGCUGCCUGUUGCAUCUUACUCAUCAUCUUGCUGGUGGUUGUCAAGGUUCUUGCCAAAAUGCGGAAAAAGCAGGAUGGACCUGACGUUAGCAUGAAUGCCUUAUUGUCGUAACGACACCAAGUUCUAAACACGGAUCGCAAUACUGCUCUUUCACUGAUAAAUUAUAAUCAUGCACGCAUGCACACAAAUGGCCUUGGCGGCAAGGGUAAUUGAAAAUGUAAAGGAUUGCGAUUUUGAUAAUUUUCUCUCAGGUUUUCUGGCUUUGUUCAAUUUUUCCCGCUUAAUCUCGGGCGCUCAGGAGAAAUCACGAUUUUAAAUUCACUUUACAGAGCACUAAAACUCCUACUCAGACUUCAAACUAGUAGCAAAAACAAUUUAAUGGGAUUUUCUGAAGAAAAAAAGAACAAAGCCAAAGAACCUGAGAGAAUCGUACCCCUGUACAUUUUCACUGACCAUUGCCGCCAAGGCCGUGCGCAUGCGUGCAUAAUAACUAUGAAUGUAUUAGUUAAAAGGUCUAUUGACCGGACUUGUUGGUUGAAAUCUAAACUUCUCCUGGAACUGUAUUUGAAUGUUAAUGAUGUUUAAGUACCCGGACCUGUAUUAACAAAAUUAUGUUAGUGUACUUUAGGUUUCAGAUGAAGAGCCGUGAUGGACAAAUGCUAUUUGUAGAAAAUUUUGUAAAGGGGGUACUGGCGUCGCUCAGCCUUGUGGGAGAUUACUUUACAUUAAUCAAGUUAAGUAGAUUUUGUGCAUAAGGUUCAUGUCAUACGCGGAAACGUGCAUUUUUCCUGUUAUUACUGUUGCUCAAAUCAUUUUGUGUUAUUUCUAAGAAUAAAGCCUGAAAGUUUAUCCCUGAUGGCGCGCUUCCAGAACCCUUGGAUAUAUAUUUAGAACCUAUUUGCUUGCAUCAAUUUAUAGAAACUGUCACUAACAAAAAUCUAAAAAAAUCUUUAAAAAGCCAAAAUAAAAAAAUCAUAAACAUAAUUUUGCAUUAAAAUUUAGGAAAAAACUUGAAUCCAUGAUCUACUUUUACGAAAGAUUCUAAUGUUUAAUCUAACCUUUGCUGACAAGAACUGAGUCGUGUCAAUUCAAUAGAUUGGUUCCCGUCCAGUACCUAGUCUCCAGACGUCUAACAGGCGUCCUUUGAGGGUGCAGACCACUAAUUCAAGUGAGAAUUUCUA